CUUCCACUAUUUCUUCCCCCUUCUAUUUAAACCCCCCUGCCAUUUUCACCCUCCGAUAUCGCAGGGGGGGAAAAGAGAGACAAAAAGAAGAAGAAGAAGAAAAUCACUAAUUUGCUCCGCCAUUCUCCGGCGACUGAUCGCCGGCGGAGAGUAUUUUCCGGACAAGUGAGUUCGGUUUCCGACGCAAAUGAGUGACAGCAGUGGCAGCAGCAGGAGUGCAUCUUCUGCUUCCUCUUCUGAAGCGGGGAAUGGUAAUCAGUCAGUUGGAGGUAUAGUUAAUGAAGGAUCUGAUACUGGUGGGAGCAGCUUAAGCCUUGAUCAGUUGAAUCGGAAAGUGGCAGAUACCCAUAUAGAUUCUACAGAAGAGGGCUGGGAAGUAGUUGCUAGGAAAUCCAAGAACCAAGCUGUUUCUAAUGCAGAACCAUGGGGAUCUUCAACCGUCACUCAUAAUGCUUGGGGUCAUUUGGAGGGGAUACAAACAAAAGGCUGGGGUAGUUGGGGUAAUAGUAGUGGAAGCGAAAGGAAACCUAGGAGUAACUGUGCUCCUGCAGUUGAUUCUCGUAAGCCGGCUGGUAGAGGAGACCCCAAGACCCAGCAAUCAAGUAGGGGAUGGGAAGCAGCCUACACAGCGUCACCUCGUCCCGUACCUCCACCACUACACGAUGGAUGGAAAUGGGCAACUAGAGGUGGCUCCUUAACUCAUCUCAAGACCCACGAAGAAAGUGCAUAUGAUCCUGAGUACGCCAUGGUAAAUGAGAAACCAGAUGAUGUCUCAAAUGAUGAUGAAGAUGAUGAUGAUUCUUUGAUGGAUGAUAGCGAUUCUGAUCUGAGUGAUGACAUUGACUCUGAUGCAAGUGAGAAGAGUCAUGAAACGCGAAAAAGGAAUAAAUGGUUUAGAAAACUUUUUGAAGAAAUGGACGGACUCAAGGUGGAGGAGAUAACUGAUCCAAAUAGGCGCUGGCACUGCCCAGCUUGCCAUGAUGGUCCAGGAGCUAUUGAUUGGUACAGAGGUCUCCAACCUCUGUUAGCACAUGCAAAGACAAGAGGAGCCCGAAGGGUAAAGCUUCACAGGGAGCUUGCCGUACUUUUAGAGGAGGAAUUUGGAAGGAGAGGAAUGUCAGGCGUACCAGUGGGUGAAGUAUUUGGUAAAUGGAAGGGUCUAUGCAAGACAACAGCUGAUCAUGAAAUAGUCUGGCCGCCUAUGGUUGUUAUUAUGAACACAUUACUUGAAAAAGAUGAUAAUGAUAAGUGGAUUGGCAUGGGCAAUCAAGAGCUUGUUGAUUAUUUUAGUGACUACACGGUCCUAAGAGCUCGCCAUUCAUAUGGUCCUAAUGGUCAUCGAGGAAUGAGUGUCCUAAUAUUUGAGCAGUCUGCAACGGGUUAUAUGGAGGCUGAGAGAUUACACAAGCAGUUUGUGGAUGAAGGAAGAGAUAGGGAUGCCUGGGAACGUUAUAGAAUGCCAUUCUAUCAUGGUGGACAACGACAGCUGUAUGGAUUUCUUGCAAGAAAAGAAGAUAUGGACACAUUUAACCAACAUUCUGCAGGGAAAUCCCGCCUGAAGUUUGAUACGAGAUCAUAUCAGGAAAUGGUUGUCCGCCCAAUGCGGGAAAUGAGUGAGGACAAACAGAAACUGAACUGCUACAAGAUUAAGGCUCUUAAGCAAGAGCAACAGACAAAGGCUUAUGAAGAAAGUCUUGCAGUGGUUAGCCGGAAACUGAGAGAGACUCUAGAAGAGAACAGGAUUGUGAGGCAAAGAACAAAGAUGCAUUAUGAAGAAAACAAAGAAGAGAUGGAUUACCAAGAGCGUUUCUUUAAGGAGCAAAUUGAAAAGAUUCAAAAGGCCACUGAAGAUAAAGAAAAAAAGUAUGAGGAGUUGCUGCAAAAGGAGUGCGCCAAGGCGAGACAGUCUGACAUGGUCUCUGGAAGCAAUGAAAGACGGGAGCAGAGAAGGGAGAGAGAGAGCUUCAUUUCUAGCCAGAUAAAGGGAGUUGAGGAGUUUGGGGCCAGGAGAGAGAAGCUGAUACAGACUUAUGAACGGAAGAAGCUUGACCUGAAGCGUAAGCAACUCAAGGAGGACGUGAAACUGGAGGAGGAGUUCCAUACUGCUCUUAACCAGCUGAUGGAGGAGUUUACUCCUGGUACCUUCAAUGCUCAUUAGUGGCGCAUAUGAGAGCUACUGCCUCUCUCUAUGUGGGUUUUGGUUUAGUUAGCAUCUGUCAAAAAAUAAGUAUAUAGACUCAUUGCAGGCUUGAUUAAAAUAAGACCCUUUUCACAAAAAAACCAUGCCAAAUAUCCCAGGGUGGUAGUGCCUGGAAAAUUUUGGGCUGGCUACUAAUUGACUGGUUUUUCUCAGUUUCUAAUAUGGAUGGUUGUCCUGGGGAGUUCUAGUAGUAAUUGGAAAUCAUGUCCGGUUACUCAGUCUGGAAUAUGAAAAUUGAAGUGAAUUGCAAAUGGAUGGUAGUGAACUUAUUAUGCAAGUUCUCUUGCAACUUUUGCUGCAGUUUGAACGAGUUUUGCUAAUAUGUCAUGGUAUUGCAACUAUGAUGCAACUGUUCAUUAAUCGAAACUUUGUUCCUAGCUAGAA